UCCUCACAGCAGCUUUCACUAUGACAACAUUUGACUUCUCGGAUAUUGCGGCUUUUUUGGACUGCCACCCAGAUCUUUUCGAGGAGUAUCUAGUCCGAAAGGCGAAAUGUGACCAGGUGAGCAGAUGGCUGAGAGAGCAUCCUCCGUCGAAAGUGCCAACCACAGCGGAGGAGAAGCGCGGCGCUGCCCGGGACUCGCUGUGGCCGACCAACCCGGAGGGGCUCCGGCGCAGAUCCUCCCACAUGGAGCUGCGACGGAACUUCGCCCGGUCCAAAGCCACUACCGCACACCGGACCUAUGACGAACAUGUGAGCCAACAUGAGUCCCAGUCCAGCAUGAGGCGUCGUGCACUCCUGCGUAAAGCCAGCUCUCUGCCUCCGACCACCGCGCACAUCCUGAGCGCCCUGCUGGAGUCCCGGGUCAACGUGCCCCAGUACGCGUCCAGCGCCAUCGAAUACAAAUACAGACUUAAGGAAACCAACGAGAGGGAGUUUUUCUUGGAGUUGGUGAAGGAUAUCUCCAAUGACUUGGACCUGACAAACCUAAGUUAUAAGAUCCUGAUCAAUGUGUGCAUCCUGGUGGAUGCGGACAGGUGUUCACUGUUCCUUGUGGAGGGACCCGCGCACAAGAGGACACUGGUGUCCAAAUUAUUUGAUGUGCACUCUGGCACCACUGUCAGACCAUCAUCCAGCACCCUAAACUCCAACGAAGUGCAGGUGCCAUGGGGAAAGGGUAUUAUUGGAUAUGUGGCAGAGCAUGGAGAAACUGUGAACACACCAAACGCAUAUGAGGACCACCGCUUCAGUGAUGAGAUAGACAAGCUAACAGGCUACAAGACUCAGUCCAUCCUCUGUAUGGCCAUAUGUAACAGUGAUGGGGAAGUCAUAGGUGUUGUUCAAGCUAUCAACAAAAAUCCCAUGGGCACUCCCUUUACCGAGGAUGAUGAGAAGGUACUGCAGAUGUAUCUACCAUUCUGUGGAAUAUCGAUUUCCAAUGCCAAGUUGUUUUCGGAGUCUCGCAAGGAGUAUGAAAGGAGUAGGGCUCUGCUGGAGGUGGUCAAUGACCUGUUUGAGGAGCAGACUGACCUGGAGAAGAUCGUAAGGAAGAUCAUGCAGCGAGCGCUGACCCUGCUGCAGUGUGAACGCUGCUCUGUGCUCCUCCUCGAAGACAUUGAUUCCCCCGUUGUGAAGUUCUCCAAGACGUUUGAGCUAAUGUCUCCCCUGUGCAACAUCGACCGUGAAAUCAGCAUGGAGAAGCUAUCGUGUUCUGAUUGGCUGAUCAAUAACAGCAUUGCUGAGCUGGUGGCUUCCACAGGACUGCCGGUUAACAUCAGCGAUGUGUGUCAGGACCCACGCUUUGAUGCAGAGGCGGACCAGGCCUCAGGGUGUCACAUCAGAUCGGUGUUAUGCGUCCCUAUCUGGAAUCGGACCCAUCAGAUAAUUGGGGUUGCACAAAUUCUGAAUCGCUUAGACAGGAAGACGUUCAACGAUGCAGAUCAGAGACUGUUUGAGGCAUUUGUGAUUUUCUGUGGACUUGGAAUCAACAACACUAUGAUGUACAAUCAGGUUAAGAAGACGUGGGCCAAGCAGUCUGUAGCACUGGAUAUGUUGUCCUACCAUGCUACUUGUUCCAAGGCAGAAGUUGACAGACUCAAGGCAGCUAAGAUCCCCCUGAGCAGUGAGUUGGGCAUCGAUGAGUUCCACUUCAACGACUUCUCUUUGGACAAUGACGCCAUGAUCACCGCGUCACUCCGGAUGUUUCUGGAACUUGGAGUUGUGCAAAAGUUUAAAAUUGACUAUGAGGUUUUGUGCCGCUGGCUUUUGACUGUGAGGAAGAACUAUCGAACUGUGGCGUAUCACAACUGGAGGCAUGCCUUCAAUGUGUCGCAGUGCAUGUUUGCCAUGAUCACAACAGCCAGUUUCCGGGACGUCCUGUCGGAGGCUGAGAUACUGGCCCUGAUGGUCGGCUGCCUGUGUCAUGACUUGGACCACCGAGGCACCAACAAUGCAUUUCAAGCCAAGACCGGCUCAGCUCUGGCUCUGCUCUACGGCACGUCAGCCACCCUGGAGCAUCAUCACUUCAACCAUGCAGUCAUGAUCCUACAAAGUGAGGGUCACAAUAUCUUUGCAAACCUCUGCUCUAAGGAGUACAGCAACAUGAUGCAACUAUUGAAGCAGGCGAUUCUCUCCACAGACCUUACUUUGCACUUUGAGCGCAGGAACAAGUUCUUUGAGUGUGUUCUCUCUGGAGAAUUUAGCUGGACAGAUGAAGGACAUAGAGAAGUUAUCAGGUCCAUGAUGAUGACAGGAUGUGAUCUGGGCGCAGUCACUCGUCCUUGGAAGAUAUCCAAACAGGUUGCAGAGCUGGUGACGAGUGAGUUCUUUGAACAAGGUGACAGAGAGAGGUCAGAGCUGAAGUUGACCCCAGCAGCCAUAUUUGACCGCAAUCGCAAAGAUGAAUUGCCUGCCUUACAGCUAGAGUGGAUAGAUGGGAUAUGUAGACCCCUUUACCAAGCAAUGCUGAAGCUCAACAGGAAGUUACAGCCAAUGGUCGAUGAGAUAGAUGCCAAUCGCAACAAAUGGCAGGAGCUGUGCUCGUCCGACCAGGAGCCACGCAGAGCCUCAGUGACUGAUCUGAGUCCUGAGCCCCAGGAACAACUCGACUCCACAGAGGAGUGUGGGUCAAAGUCUGAGGGCAGUCAGGAUCUGAGGUGCAGAGUAAGCAACGGUUCCUGUGACGAUGGCAACAAGACUUCUGCAGGAAAUAAGUAAAGCGCACCUAGUGUUACUUAUAGGUUUAUCCAUUCAAAAGCUCACAUGGGACUCAUCCAGUACUUUGUGAUAUUUUAGCACAUGCAUUACCCUCAAUUAUUUUUUUAAUCUGGGUUGAUUAAAUGCAGUUGUCAUCUGCUGAGCACAUUGCUUCUCCCAAGUGUCACUGUGCUGAACUCAGGAGUGUUCCAGUUGGUCAACAUAUACAUUCAAAGGGCAGUUUGCCUUAUCUGUAUAUUAGUCUAUCUAUCUAUCCAUCCAUCAUCUAUCUAUCUAUCUAUCUAUCUAUCUAUUCAUCCAUCCAUCUAUCUAUCUGUCUAUCUAUCAGUUUUUCAUUAUUGAGUUGUAUAAGAAGAAGAGACUGCUGUGAAACCAAAGAGGACCACUUAUUACUGUAAUUCUUUGUUAUGGGAAAUGCCUAAACAUCUGAAUCCCACUGGAACAGUGUAACAAAACGAAAAAGGAAUCACUGAUUUCUCUUACAUGAAAACACAAAUUGCCAUUAUGAAUGUAGACCGGAGCAUGAUGUUGUUCCUGAAUGUUUCUUACUGUCUUACCUCAUUUGCAAAUAUUUUGCUGCAUGGCACUUUUUUUUUUAUGUUCUUGGGUUAACUGGUCCUUCUGUGAUCCAGUUGUUUUGUGAAUUGCAUGAGUGUAAUAUGAUUUUUUUUUUUUUUUUUUUAAAUCAGUGGGUAAGGAAUUAGUAAAAUGAAGUUGAAAGGCCAAAUGUUAGUGUAUUGGUUGUGUACUCAUACCAUCUAAAUCCUCAGGCUGAUUGUUUGUAUGAGACCUAGGGCUGCACGAUAUUGGAUAAAACUGACAUUGCGAUUUCCCCCCCGCUGCGAUAUAUAUUGCGAUAUGAAAACAUACAGGAAUUGAAGAAACUAUAUUUAACCGGAUGAAGGAUUUUAGU